CUGGACAACUGAGACAUUUGAAGAAAAAGGACGAAUUCUCCAAAGGAUUCCCUAAAGAUGUCACUGCCCCCAGGCAGAAGGAAGUAACUUUAAGAACACAAGGCCUACAUUUCCAAGUGGUGGGGAAUCAUUGUCACUCAGAGAUGUGGUCAUGUAUUUUUCUGCAGAGGAGUGGGAAUGCCUGGGUCCUGCUCAGUGAAAUUUUUACAGGGGUGUGAUUGUGGAGAAUUACAGCAACCUUCUGGUCCUGGACGAGGGUCACAUCUAUCAUGAAUUCUUCAUUUACUAUAUAGAACUGGAGACCAGUCUGGUUUACAGAGCGAGUUCCAGGACAGCAAGGAUUACACAGAGAAACACUGUCUCGAAAAAAUAACCAAAAUCAAAAGAGAAGAAAGAAGAAAUUCGCAUUUCAGCAUUAACGUCUCGUUUCGUUGUUUAAAAGUAAAACUGAGUCAGCGUGAUUUUUUUUCCAGGAUGUACGAAGAUUAAAAUCAAAACACAUGGAUCAGAAAUGACCUGUAAACCUAAUAUUUCUGUCAAAGGCUCCACUCACAUUCACCCAGCUCGUGUUGUGGGUCUGGCAGUAAACGCCAGCCUCACUCCCCAAGGCUCUCUUGCAAACCCGGCUUCUUCCUCCCUUUCUCUACUGCGGGUUGCCAAAAAACGGUAACCAAAGAAAUCGCCACACCAGGAUUUCCGGAAUUCCUUCGCGCAGACUUGUGGGAAACGUAGUCUCUGGUCCUUUGUGACGUCACAGGGGCCCGCUCCGGAAACUGUACUUGUUCAUUCUGUCUGAAAGUGUGGUAUUUCUCCAAAGUUGGGCGAGAGUCCCGCCUGCUGUGCUUUCCUGUUGCGUCUCUGACAUGGAGGAAAUGCUCUCCUUCUCAGAUGUGGCCAUUGAUUUCUCUCCAGAAGAGAGGGAAUGCCUGGAGCCUGCUCAGUGGAAUCUGUACAGGGAUGUGAUGUUGGAGAACUACAGCCACCUGGAUUUCCUGGGUCUUGUUCUCUCUAAGCCACACCUGGUGACAUUUCUGGAGCAAAGGCAAGGGCCUACAGGUGUGAAGAAACAAGAGGAAGCCACAGUGCAUACAGGAGAAACAGUGAAUAAAUGUAAAGAUUACAGCAAGGCCUUUUAUUGUAAUUCACUGCUUAGUCAACACCAGACAGUUGAUAUAGGGGAGAACCCCUACAAAUGUGAAGACUGUGGUAAAGCAUUUCGUGUUCGCUCAAGACUUUCUAUACACAAGAAAAUUCACACUGGAGACAAACCCUACAAGUGUGAAGAAUGUGGUAAGGCCUUUAAUACCCAUACAAAACUUUCUGUACACCAGAGAAUUCACACUGGAGAAAAACCUUACAAGUGUGAAGAAUGUGGAAAGGCCUUUAGUUCUCACUCAACACGUUAUAGACACCGGAAAAAUCAUACUGGAGAAAAACCCUACAAGUGUAAAGAAUGUGACAAAGUCUUUUCCUACCCUUCACUGCUUAAGGUACACCAAAGAAUUCAUUCUGCAGAGAAAUCCUACAAGUGUGAAGAAUGUGGGAAAUUAUUUUACUGUCCUUCGUUGCUUAAGAAACAUCAAAUAAUUCAUUCUGCAGAAAAGCCCUACAAGUGUACAGAAUGCGGCAAAGCCUUUCACUACCCUUCGUUGCUUAAGCGUCAUCAAAGAAUUCAUACUGGGAAGAAGCCCUACAAGUGUUCAGACUGUGACAAGGCAUUUUACUCUUCUGCAUUCCUGAAGCGCCAUCAAAGAAUUCACUCUGAGGAGAAUCCCUACAAGUGUGAAGAGUGUGGCAAACGGUUUUACUCUUUUGCACACCUUCAGGAUCACCAACGGCUUCAUUCUGGGGAGAAACCAUACAAAUGUGAAGUAUGUGGGAAAACAUUUUCUACUCUCUCCUACCUUCCUUGGCACAAGUUGCGUCAUUCAGGGGAGAAGUCUUACAAAUGUGAAAUAUGUGGCAAAAUGUUUUACUCUACAUUAGACCUUAAAAAACACAAAAAAAUUCAUAUUUAUAAGUGUGGGGAAUGUCACUAUGCCUUUCCGAAUUACUCAGCCCUUACUGAACACCAGAGAGUUCAUACUGGAGAGAAACCACACAUAUGUGAGCAAUGUGGGAAAAUCUUUUCUAGACUUGAUAGCCUCAAUCAGCACCAGAUUGUUCAUACUGGAGAGAAACCCUAUAAAUGUGAAAAGUGUGACAAGAGUUUUUUCCGAUCUUCCUCUCUUAGAAGACAUCAAGGGACUCAUUCUUAAUAGAAAUUUGACAAGUAUGUGCAAUAGGAUAAAAAAUCUUGCUAAAUAGUUAUACCUUAUCCAAGAUAAAUGAGUCCAUUGAGUAGAGAAGUCAGGAACGUGCAAAGAAUGAUGAGUGCUUUCCCACUCAGUCAGCACUUCUUAUCAACAAUGAAGUUCAUUCUGAAGAGAAAAAGCCCAAUUCUGAAGGGAGUGACAAGCCUUUAGUGUUUCCUUAUAUCUUAAAUAGCACAAGAAUCUCCAUCAAAGCUGUAAUGUGAAGGAUGUGGUGAAGGUUUGAGUUAUCUUUCAGUCCUGGUUCAACCUCAGUAAUUCUCACCUGAGAGAAACCCUACGUGUGCAGAAGAGGACCAGGGCUUAGCUAUUCUUAUAUAGAUAAGUUUGGAGAGUUCAUUCUGAUGAGAAAGUCUACAAAAGCAAUAAGUGUGGCAAGUUCUGUACGUGUUCUUCACACUCUAAAUAUCUGCAGAUACUUCAUACUGCAGAGACCCUCUACACGUGCAAUCACUGUCCCUAAGGCUUGAACAGUUCUUCAACUUUCAGCCACACCUAAGCAUUGAUAUAAGUGAGAAUCCCUGCAAAUGCGAAUGUCCUCCUUAGCUUCAGCUGUCAGCUUCACCUAGCCCAGCAUUAUCUGAGUCGGUGCUUUUCUGGAUCAAAGUGCCUUAUGAGCAUGUCUGGGGGUCAUUUUGUUGAUUGGUAAGUGGUGUAGGAGAGUCUACCCAGGACUAGCAGCACCACCCUGGGGAAGUGUUAUGGGUCACAUAAGAAUAGUGCGUGAGCAGGAGGCUAAGAAACACAUUAGGAAGCAUGGUUUCUAUUUCCCUUCCUGGCCCUGGAAGAGGAAUACUAGACCCUUAGGUUGAAAUAAAAAUUUUGCUCUCCAAAGUUGUUUUUGGCCCUACCUUUCAUUAACUUGACUCCAACAAGUUAAUGUAUGACAGCAAAGGACACUAGGAGGCAUCUCACUUUUCUUCAUACCUCUCUUUCCACAAUACUCUGUAUUAGAUACAGUGUCACAAAGCCUUUAGAUGUAUUCUGCCUCUGCUGGACAGCAGAGCUUUCAUACUACAUAAAAGUUCUUUUGAUACAAAGAAUAUGACAAAGAACUUUGUUUCCCUUAUUUAACACCCAAAAUUUCAAGCUGUAGAUGAACUUUGUAAGAGCAAAGACAGUAGCUACAUGUUGAACAGUUGUUGCAAACUCAACAUGAGGAAUUUAAUUGUCAAUGAAACUAACAUACUUAAUUGAUUAGAGAAGCAAUUUAUUCUACUCUUCAUACCUUAACAUCAAAAAAUAUAUUUUGUAUAGGAAACCCUACAAAUUAAAUAAUGACAGAACCUUAAAUCCUUAGGGCCCAUGAGUGAAAUCAUAUUGUAGAGAAUCCUUCUACAUAAAAAUAACACUAGGAGCAUCCAUUUUUAUUAUACAUACCUCAUAAUAGCAAUGAACUACUCUAAUAUCAAUAGUAUAGCAAUGUCUUUUCUUAUGUCUUAUACAUAGAAAUGGAUAUAAUUGUAAGCAGGGUUUUCUCUCCCACAAUAUCUCUAAAAUAAUCCUUCAAAGGCUUAUUUUAAUUAUAAAUGCUAGACCUAUAGCUCAGGCCUAUUACUAACUAGCCCUUAUAUUUUCAGUUAACCCUUUUUCCAUAUUUAUACACUGACACAUGUACCUCUAUUAGCAUGAUACAUUUGUCUCCUGUUCCCUAUGUGCCUGGCUAGUUACCCCUCUGACUCCUCCCUUCCCCUCCCCAUCAUCCUUAGUUUGGUUACCUCCCAUAUUUCCUGCCUAGCUACUGGCCAAUCAGCAUUUUUUAAUAACAAUUUGAGUGA